CAUUUCUGGGUAGGGGGCCCACACACGCCACCCUACCCGUACUGCUUUUGGCUGCUGGACAUGUCAAUCACCAGCUGACAGGAGAGAGACCUGUGUAUAAACAACACAGGUCUCUCUCCUGUCAGCAAGGACAUGCUGUCUUGUAUUUCUCUGCACAGCAGAGAAAUACAAAGCAGCAUGUCUCCAGGUAGUGAAACACACACAGCACAUGAUAUAAAACACACACGGAACACAGUUAACCCUUUGAUCACACCAGAUGUUAACACCUUCCUGCCCAAUGUCAUUAGUACAGUGUCAGUGCUUUUUAUUAGCACUGAUCACUGUAUUGGUGUCACUGGGGAUGUCAGUGAC